CUCAUCACAGAGAAGAAAUGUGACGCACACAUAUUGAAGGAACCUUUUAUCGUUGUGGUAGUAAUCUUUAUUCAAGCAGUGACCGUGGAGAAGCUGAAACUCUCGUGUUCUCGAGGAGAUGAUGGAGUUGUCUCUGUAUGACAUGAGCACAGCUCCCAGGUGUUCACACGAGCAGAUGUCUCUGGCGGAGAUGCUGGAGGUUCAGGAUCACCCAGUGAGUGAGGAGCAGGCCUGGGCUCUGUGUUAUCAGCUCUGCUGCAUACUCUCUCAUCAGUCCGCUGAACACACACGGAGAACCGUCUCGUCUCCGGCCGCUGAGGCGGUGCUGUUCUCCCGAGACGGGAGCGUCUCUCUGCGGCAGAGGAGCUGUACAGACACCGGUAAUUUGUGUGUGAUCGAGACCGAGGAACAGGCCGUGGAGUUCGUGGGCCGUCUUGUGUACUUGAGUCUGGACUGGGGUCUGGAGACGCAGGUGGAGCGUGAAUUGAGCGAGACCUUGGAGAUCCUGGUGUGUCAGAUGACCAAAGUGAACCUCGGCCGCCGGCGGCCCAUCUGCAGCAUCGCCGACGUCAUCCACGUUUGUAAGGAGCGCCUGUGUGAUCCGGGUCAGGCAGCGAAACACUACAGGAGUGUGUGUUGCAGUCUGUUCUCACACACCGUUGACCUGUGUCAGUAUCUGCAGAUCCUUCAGCAGUCCAGGAAGAGUUUGCAGAAACUGUUCGAGUCAGAGACACAACUGGUUGCACAAGUGACCACAGACUGGGUGUCCUCGUGGAGGGAUCUGGUGGAUGAGUUGAGCAGAGGUGUGUUUCUGCGUCCGCUGGAUAAGAGACGGACGGCCAGCACAUGUCCACGGCCUGCGGAGAGCCCUCCCUUCGACCAGCUGCUGCGGGACAUCCAGAGCAGACGCUACUCCCUGCGCAAAGUGCAGCUCACUGCAGAUGUAGGAGACUGCCAAAGAAAACCAGACCCUCACCAGACUCUUCUAGAGUUCAUCCGCGCUCGGCCAAAGUUGCGACCGGCGUCCGAGCGCAGGAUAGGCCUGAAGCCCAAAGAGCAGAUCAGUCUGCACGAGCUGCUGAUGGAGGAGAUUCGCUCAACUGACCGCUGCAGACGCCUGGCCAACAACACCGAGCUCCACGAUAAACCAGAUGGCCUGAGCGUUAAUGAAGCUGAAGAGCGCUGUUUCCUGAAGCCUGCUCCUCACAGGACACGCUCCCAUGAAGCUGUUGCUUCAGGAAGUGAUGCGCAGGAUGCAGUCUCUACAGUCAUGUCAGACUUCAGACUCGUCGCAGGAAAGCGCCGGACCAGAUCCUUUGCUAGCAGCCGGGAUCUCUUCAAAGUGGUGAAGAGCAGUAACGGGGGAUCUGUUCUCACCACCAUCGUCGACGUCAUGAAGAUGCACCGCUCUGAGGAGGAGGGAGAUGUGACGGCGAUGUCGUGUGAGAGAUAUCAGGACUGGCGGGUUUGUUCUUGCUGUGCGACGAGGAGCCUGUAUUUCACGUGGCAUAACGUCUGCUCUGUGUGUCGGAGGGUUGUGUGUCCCGGGUGUUGUCUAGAGAUGCGUCUGCCCUCCAAGCGCUGCGUCAAUCUACCUCUGAGCUUCUUCAAGCAAAUCGUGAUGAAAGAUGGCGAGCAAAGCCAGAGAAACUUCUGGAGUGAGCGCUGGUCCUGGAACUCAGUCUGGAUUCCUCUGGUCCUGGUGUCCAGAGGCUCCAGCUCCACAUCUCCUCACACUCUGGCCACGCGUGACUGGUACAGUCAGGACAUCUGUGUGCGCUGCCAGGAGGAUCUGCUGCAGGCGUGUGACUCUCGCCCGUCCCCCUGUCCCGUCACAGGCUCUCAGGAGAUCUGAUGGCUCGGUCCUCUAAUCUGCUCCUUCAUUUGUCUAUCAGUGGUGUUCAUGUGUUCGGGUUGUUGGGCACCAUAUUGGUUCUAGACGUUUGUUUUCACCAGUUGCAUAGUUCGUUAUAAGGUUUUACAUUAUUAACAAAUGAAUUAAAUGUGCUGAACAUUUUCACUAAGGUUUGUAUGUUGCGGUUUAAAGAAAUAAAGGCAAACCCCCAGUGAUGUUUCACAAUGGUUUAAAAAUAACUAAACCAAUAUAAAAGGCAAAUUAAGUUUUGGAGUGAAUGUUUUGGUGUAGGAUUAUUUGGGAGUGUCACAUUUCAGUUUGAUGAUCCAAAUUCAUUUGUCAUGAAGAUCUUGAUUUCAUGCAAAUCUGACCAAAGACAGAAGAGUUUGGAAAGAGGUGUUUUGGGUUGUUUUUUUGUUUUUUUUUGCAGGCAAAGAGGAAAUAUUGCAGGGCUUGACUGAACCAUUCAGAGGACAAUGAUUUGUAAGCUUUAUGGUUUUGAGCUAGUAGUGACAUUUUAACUGAACGCCUGUUAGUUGUAAGUUUCUGUCUGAUUGUGAUGUAAAAUCAAAAUCAAUCUUGGUUGCCAGUGCACCAAACCAGUCAAACAUGUUGUUUGGUUUAGUCUUUUGAGUUGAGUUUAAUAAAUU